AUGCCCGACAUUGACCCCGCGGCCUUGAGCCGCCCGUCUGUCAGCGUUUCGACGCCUGUUCUAUCGACAAAGACGCUCACAGUGAGCGCACCGGGCUCUACGAAGGCUGUCAAGACUAGCCAGAUAAUACCAUCUCGAAUUGAUCUUGAGCCGCUGUAUACGGCCCUGAAAGCCGCCAUCAGCUCUGAGCAAUGGCUCAUAUAUAAAGAAUCCACAACUGAGUUUCUAACUGGGCGACUCAACCAGUCCGAAUACUCCAGCCGAAUCGAUCCAAUAUUAGCAUCACCAACAGGAGAGAAAGACCACCUGCACAACCAACUUAUCGCUGCGAUCUAUGGCAAUGUCACUCGGGAGAUGCCCGAUAUUGGCCUUGCGCCAUGGGUUAGUGCCAAUGACAAACCUACGACGACUACGGGCAGUAAACCUGUGUCGGGUGACGCAGCGGAGCGGAGGUUAAAGGGAGAGGUGAUGCAACUACCCGCACGGGAUCGACGACGCAUUAAGGAACUUACACAAAACGAGUAUGACCCCCUCGAGAGCUUGGCAAAUAUGUUUACGGAGACGCACCGAAAACCGCCUGUGACUGCCGAUGUUCCACCAAGUGCGGCCGGCGGCAUCAACAACAUGAACUUUGACCUAGAGAUUCGAAAGCGAUAUACACAGCCACUUGCUGUCGAGUCCGGCGAAUUUCCUGAUAUGAGCCUGAUAGCUGGAAGAAUGCUGCCUUUUUGUUACGAGGCUGGCCUUGUCAAUGGGCAUGUUUCAGAGGCGUCGACUCUUAUGUCUGUUGCUACAGAGACAUUCAUCAAGGAGAUCUUGACGCAGAUCUUUAGUCGCACUCAAAGCAAUGGCCCGGGCGAAUCGGGCAGCGCAGGCUAUGGAAUAGGUACCACAUGGGUUCAAACACAUAAAUACAGGCGGCAACUUCACCGCGAAGAAGACGCGGCUCAGAGGGGAGAGAUAAGCCGAGAUAAGUCAGGCUUGCUGCCCAUCGAGUCCAAGGUAGCCAGCGAAAGAGGCCCGCUAGGCAUAGCGGAUAUGCGAAUCGCCUUGGAGAUGGCAGACUCUGGAAUAUCCCAAUUCCCUAUUAUUUCGGCACAGAUCUUGUACGGUUACCGGGAAGGCGAGCUCGAAAACUGGAACGACUAUACCUGGGCUGAUGGCGAAGCCCCCGCGGCGCAAGUUGAGGAGAUUCUGGCAAAUGGCAACGCAGAACUCACCAAUGGCACUCUGCCAGACGCAAUGGAUAUCGACAAUGAAGUAUGGUGGGAGGGAGCCGAAAAAAUAGACAUGGAUAUGAUAGACAGUGCCUUGGAUUCCUGUCUCGCCGUCGGAUCAUGA